UUGAGAACCUUGGCUGGGUUCUGCAUAGUAAACCAUUCAGGGUCAAAGUGCCCAACUGGCAUAGUGGGGGCUUCGCCGCCCCCGGCGGUUUCAACCGCCAGAUUACUGCUCUUGUUGCUACUACUACUAAGGAGGUGCAGUAGCAGUGUUGGGGCCGUGCCAGCGCGUCGGACGGCCGUUACUUAGAUACCUACAGGGGCACCAACAGGCCAGUUGGACAGUCUGAUCCAGUCCCUGACAGUCGCCUGUCGAAGGUUUCCUGGGGUUACCAAGUGUUCACCUAGCGGCAAACAACAUCAACCGAAGCGGCGGCGGAUGCUAGUAUGGUCGUAGAUUCUCUAUAUGCUGUAGCGUUUCUGUCGUGGCGCGGUGCUCCUACCGACAUCGGACAGGUGCCGGGGAGACCGUCGACCGAAGUGGGCCGCCCGGCCGAGAAUGGCCGCCAACGGAGACUCGGGUAACGUGAUCGUCGCCACUUCUCUGCUGACGGGCAAUCAGGUGCACGCUAUCGGAGGCGGCGGUACUCGAUACAUUACAGUGUCAUCACACGGAGCUUCCGGAGCAAAACAUUCGCCGGCAGCACAAAGCGUCAUCCUCACGGCACAAAGCCCUCACGGUUCACCUGUUAUCCUACAGAGCCCCUCUAGGGGUGGUACCGCACAGGUGUUCCACACGUACACAUCUUUGGGAAACUCAUCAUCUGCGGGUACCGCCACAGUGGCGGGUACUGGAAUCAAACGGGAGCGUGAUGGAGAUCUCCACGAAGGAUACGUCGAGGUGAAACGAGCACGAGUGUCAGCACCGUCGUCUUUUCAUAGCCACCAUUCGUCGAUUGCGUCUAGCGCCAGUGGCGGUGGUGGCUCCGGGGGUCGGGGUGGAGGUUCCGCUGGCGGAAAAGGCCUUCGACAUUUUUCAAUGAAAGUAUGCGAGGAAGUUCGUAAGCGUGGUAAAACGACGUACAAUGAGGUAGCAGACGCACUGGUGAAUGAGUUUUCGGAGCGUGGAAGCGGAGCAGCUGGAAGCGGAUCUGCGACAGCUGGAGGGGGCGCCGGAGGAGCGGGCGGCUGCAGUAGCAGCAGCGGCGGCGGUGGUGGAAACAACAACAACAAUCACGGGGGAAGUGGAAGUGGUGGGGCAUCUUCCGCGGCCGCUGCUGCAGAUGUCUCGGCCAACGGCGCCGGCGCGGGCUACGACCAGAAGAACAUUCGCCGAAGGGUCUACGACGCCCUCAACGUACUGAUGGCCAUGGGAAUUAUUGAGAAGAAGCAUAAGGAAAUACACUGGUUGGGAUUGCCAACAAACAGUGCACAGGAGUGUAAAAAGCUGGAAGCGGAGAAACGUGAGCGCCUGUCGCGAAUUUCGCAUAAAACCCAACAGCUGUACGAUCUCAUCUUGCAGCAUAUUGCCUACAAGAGUCUCGUAGAACGCAAUAAGAUGUCGGCAUCGGUAACUAGUCCCGCGUGUGUUCCCAACUCUACGAUUGCCCUGCCAUUCAUAAUUAUCAACACAAGUCGGCAGACCGUGAUCGACUGCCAGAUCUCGGCCGACAAGCGAGAAUACCUGUUUAAUUUUGACAAUGCGUUCGAAAUACAUGACGAUAUCGAGGUGCUCAAGCGUAUGGGCCUUGCCCUAGAAUUAGAGCGUGGAACCGCUUCUCCCGAGGCUGUUCGGCAAGCCAAGGCCAUGCUGCCCCGCUCGCUUCAGCCAUUUGUUGAGCAACUCGCUCGUUCGAGGGAUCAACUACCACCGGACAUGAUGCGUCUGACGAAAGCGUCCUUGAAUCCCAUGAGUGCCAGCGAUGAGGCUGUCAUUUCAAUUUUGCCUUCGCCAUCAUCCGAAGAGAACUACUCCGAAGAUGACCAAUACGAAAACUAAUAACUGACAAGCUAUCGGUUGUAGCGCGGCAUCAAACCACAUUAUAGACAACCACGAACACUUGUUUUACAUAACUUGGCUUGCUAACAGCAAUAACAAGAACAUGCCAAGUAGGAUUAUGCGUUUACUCAUUCACGUCUUGUUGAUAAACAAGUGUGGUCCCCAAUAAACAAAUCAGUCAUCAUCUACUCAACUUAGA